AUGUCAUUGUCCGACCUUCCCUCCAUUAUUUUCGUUCCAUAUGCAACCCCGGGCCAUUUGCUUGCUGCUGGGAUUGUAUUCCCAACUGUGGGGAUCUUGACUGUAGUUCUCAGAUUCUACGUACGAGUAGACAAACGGCAGAAAAUGGGCUGGGACGACUGGUUCAUAAUUCCUGCCUUGGUAAGACAAGUCUUUGGAUGUAUCCACUGCGAAAGAUGCUGACGCUCUAUUUCUUCAAAGUUUAUGGUGAUUGGAAUGGGUGCUUGUCUUAUAGCCGGGAAGACUUUAUUCCUGAUAGUAAUGAAUGAUGUGCUGAUAUUGUGUCUUUAGGCGUGAAGAAACAUGCCUUUGGAUAUCCAACUCCACCACCAGAACCAGGGGAACACAGAAUGACAGCAAUUAAUCCAGAAUUGCAAAUUGUACAGCAGGUAAUCCCAACUUUGAACCACCGCAUCUUGAACUCCUUAUACGCUAACCUAUUGUUCGCAGAUUGAAUUCGCUAUUACAAUAUUGAUCGUCCUGGCUUACGGGUUCAUCAAAUUGAGCAUUCUAUUUUUCUAUCGACGUCUCUUCGUCACAGAGAGAAAGGGUGGCAUACUCAAUACUCUAGCUUGGAUUUUGGUUGCCAUUAUCAUUGCCUGGAUGCUCACGUUUAUCUUUCUCACUAUUUGGGGUUGUGGAACUCAUUAUACUGCAAAUUGGGGAUCUCUGCAAGAUCUGAUCACGUAUUGCAGCAAUGGACUUCAGAGAGAGGAGGCGCUCUAUGUUUCAGAAUUCGUCACGAACAUUCUUCUAGUUGCUUUGCCAAUACCAACUGUAAGCCCUCACUUAUGCGGACUUAAUUACUAUUAUAGCCUGUCAAUCAAGGUUUGGUCGUCUUCAUAUGCAUUGGAAGAAGAAACUUGCUGUCACUGGAAUAUUGCUACUUGCAUUCAUGUAAGUCUCCAUCUCUCUCAAUUUGGUCUUUCCUAAUGCACCGUAAGGGCACUCAUUGCAUCAAUAAUCCGUCUUGCAAUCGUUCUUCAAGUCACUUCUACAAGCUACCAUGUCGUAACAGACGAAAACUGUAAGUGAAUAUUCAAUGGAACCAGUGAACACGGUUAAUGUUUCCUCCAGUAACUAUAGCCGCAAUAUAUUACUGGUCCAUGAUCGAAGCAGGCCUCGCCCUGAUAGCCUGCUCUCUUCCAUCCCUUAAACCUCUGGUUCCAGAAGUAGGAUUACAAUCUGCAAUCAAUAGUGUCCGCAGCGCGCUGUCCCUUAACUCGAUGGGAGGUGGAUCUUCAGGGUCCAAAAACUCGAGAGGCUCUAGGAAUUCCAGAACAAACACAUAUGGAAGGCUUGGAGAUAGGAAUCAGGAUGGUGUUCCAUUAAGGAGUGAUGAAAUUAUGGAGAUGCAUGCCACUGCGAGCCAUGUUACACCUCCUAAACGAGCUUUCGUAUCGGAGGGGAUUCGUGUUCAGAGAGAUGUUGAUAUAACUGGGAGUCGAGCUUGA